AUGUCUAAUCUAGAACAAUGGGCAAUUCAUCACGUCAAAAAGCUCGUAGACUACCUGGAUGAUGCUGAAAUCAGCCAGCUCGUCGCUGCUGCAAUGUCUCUUUCGACGCCUCAAGCAGUCAUCAGUCAUUGGAGCAGCCUUCUAGGCCAAGAUCCAGCUGUUCUUAACUUCAUCUCUAGCUUCAAUGAACGCAAAUUCCCGGCUGCUGCAGCUGCUAGAGCAUCAGUCCCUGCUACUCAAAAGCAAAGCCAGCGUCCAAAGAAAGCUGUACAAUCAAGUAAAGCAUCCAUCAUGACGUCUGAUCUUGGCAACUCUACUGCAUCAAAAUCAAAAGAAGUUCCUCCUAAGACUCAGCCAAAGCCAAAAACGCGCAAGGUUGAUGCGCUUGCAGAGAUUGACGGCGCAUUACGAGAGCUUGAAUUGACGGAGCACGACGUCCAAACUCACGCCGUCAUCACAUGCGACUGCCAAGCGCGGCGUCAUCCGCUCAAUGAAGUUGCACCCAAUUGCUUGCAUUGUGGUAGAAUCAUCUGCAAUGUCGAGUCCUUUACGCGAUGCUCAUUCUGCAAGCAACCACUCAUGUCUCGCGGACAAACGCAAGAUCUCAUUGCUGAGCUACGACGGGAGAAGGGCGUUGCUUCCGCUGAAUCGAAGCAGCAGCCACGUAAAGUACGAGCUGGCACAACGCAAAAAAUGCAGUGGAGCUCCAAGCUUGGCGCUAACCUGGCGAGUAUGGAUGAGGACGAUUUGCGUAUUAAGGCGGAAGCUGCCGAAGAGCGCAAAAAUGCGUUGCUUGAACAUGUGGCAACGGGUGCAAAACGUACGGUGAUUGAUCAAGCGGCCGACUUUAGCAGCACUGCCAACGAUCGAUGGGCGUCGACAGAGGAGCGAGCGCUGGCACUUCGCCGCCAAAUUGCAACACUCAAAGCAGAGGAGGAAUCAAAAGGUGCGCGCGUGCUGACACUCAAUCUUGGUGGCAAGGGCAAGCCCAGCAUUUCUACAGCUGCUCGCGAGAAGCGCAAGCCCGAAGAGGUGGAUGCUGGGAUUAUUGCUGCGCAGCGUAGUAUUGAUGAAGGCAAAGCACGAGAGGCUCAAACGCAACAGGCAUUGAGCAAGAGUUUGAGUCGCGGUGAUUUGAGCCAAGUCAAGGUCAUCCACUACGAACAAACCAAGCAGCCCAAGCAAGACUGGGCACUCAGAGAGCGACCUGUGUAUGGUGGCGGCUGGCGUCGUGUGCAAGACGAGGAUGAAGACCGUGAACGGCUGGCAGAAGAACUCAUAUUGAAUGGCAGACCAUAA